CUCCUCCCCACUCCAUCCGGCACUCGUCGUCGCCUCGGCCACAUAAAAAUCCUGCCGAUCGCCAAUCUCUCUGGCCCUGUUCGCCCCCGCCCUCUCCUGGACGUGCUCCCAAUCUCUGUGCCGCCCAGCCAUGUCCAAGACCGAAGAACACUACACCGUUGAAAGCGAAGGCGAGAUGCAACACGGCCUCAAGCGUGGUCUUGAGGCCCGCCAUCUGCAGAUGAUUUCCCUUGGUGGAACCAUCGGCACUGGUCUCUUCCUCACCACCGGCACCAGCAUUGCCUCGUGCGGCCCCACCGGCGCCCUGAUCGCUUAUAUCGUCGUCGGCUUCCUGGUCUUCUGCAUGAUGACUUGCCUCGGCGAGAUGACCACCUAUCUCCCCGUCAGUGGUGGUUUCAACCACUACGCCGGUCGCUUCGUCGACCCUGCUCUCGGCUUUGCCCUCGGCUGGAACUACUGGUUCUCGUGGGUCGUCACCAUCGCCAUCGAGCUGUCCGCCGCCGGUAUCAUCAUCGCCUACUGGAAUCCCAACAUCUAUGUUCUGGUCAUGCCCUUGACGUUCUACGUCAUCAUCUUCCUGUUCAACUGCGUCGGUGUCAAGUUCUAUGGUGAAAUGGAGUACUGGUUCGCCAUCAUCAAGAUCCUGACCUGCCUUGUCUUCAUCAUCGUUUCGAUUCUCGUCAAUGUCGGCGCUGUCGGUGGAGGCCGCCAGUACAUCGGCUUCAAGUACUGGACCGACCCCGGCAUGUUCACCGGCAACACCGUGUCGUUCCUGUCGCUGCUCGCCACCGCUGCCUUCUCGUUCCAGGGAACCGAGCUCGUCGCCAUCGCUGCCGGUGAGGCCGCCAACCCGCGCCGCAACAUUCCCAAGGCAAUCAACAAUGUCUUCUGGAGAAUCCUGUUCUUCUACGUCACCGUCAUUCUCAUGAUCGGCCUCGACAUCCCCUACACCGAUCCCGAUCUCUCUCAGGGCUCCUCCUCGACCGAUCCCACCUACGCCUCCUUCACCCUCGUCUUCCGAAAGGCCGGCUGGGGCGUUGCCACCGACAUUGUCAACGGCGUCAUCCUGACUGCUGUGCUCUCGGCCUGCAACUCGGACAUGUACUCGUCCUCGCGAAUCCUCUGCGCCCUCGCUCGUGAGGGCAAGGCUCCUUCGAUCUUUGGCCGGGUCACUCGCCAGGGUGUCCCCUUCUACGCCCUCUGCCUGUCCAACUUCAUUGCCCUGAUCUGCCUGCUCUCGGCCGUCUUUGAUGCCGCCGGCUCCUUUGUCUGGCUCAUCAACCUCACCACCGUCGUCGGCCUGAUUUCCUGGGCCGGUAUCGGUCUGACGGCCUUCCGCUUCCGCCGCGCCUAUGUCGCUCAGGACCGCCGCAUCAGCGAUCUCCCCUACAAGAGUCUGCUGUUCCCCUUCGCUCCCCUCUUUGUCUUUGUCGGCUCGACUGUCAUCAUCAUCCUCCAGGGCCUGUACGCCUUCACCCCCGUCAACGCUCUCUCGAUCGUCGGCGCCUACUGCGGUAUUAUUCCCUUCCUCCUGGCCUAUGUCAUUUACAAGAUCACCACCCGCAGCCGCGUUAUUCCCCUCACCAUGGUUGACCUCGAUACCGGCCGCGUCGACCACUACGAGGGCGAGGACCAGGCCAAAGCCAAUGACGCCAAGCGCGGAAUUCUCGGCAAGAUCAUCGAUCUUGUUGCCUAAAGCAGGCGGACUCUCUUCCCCUCAGCACAAACCAAGAGCCCUGUUCUCACACUCUAUGCUACUGCGUGUGCGCACCUCGCGCUCUUGUCUCUAUCGCAAUCU